AUGGAAGAGCCCGAUACGCCAACCCGGUCUCGAACGCGGUUCAUGUCCAAGAUCAAAGCUUUCGCAGCCAGUGGCCCCCAGACACCAAAGUCCCUUAAUGGACCGACGUUUUCAUCCGAAUUUGGCUCGCUAUCGAUCCCGAACUCUCCUACAGUCUCUAGAGUCACGACUCGAGCUCCCGACGGCCUCAAUGGAGAACAAUCCGACGCCGACGCCGACGUUGAGACCGCAGAUGAGGCUGCUAUACCUGCUGCUGCCAAGAAGAACAAAAGGAAGAGCCGACGUUUCAAGAAGCACUCCAUGUCCGGCUUUCCGAAUCCAAGCAGGUUCCCAAGCGAUCUGGACGCAAUCAGCACGUAUGAUCGGCUGCUCAGGCGCCGAGCAAGCAUGCCUGAUACCACCCAACAUGACCAUGCCGUGUCCGACGGCGAAAUUCGCGGCAACCCUAGACGAAAGCCGUUUCGCAGAGGCCAUUCCUACAUGAGCAAUGCAAUGAGCCCUCCGGGGGAGGAUGACAUGGAGGAAAUGGAGAACUCUGCCGUCGUUGGCCGACGCAAUGGACAUCUACGCCGCAUCACCGUCUUUGGCGGUGGUGGUCUGUCUGAUGGAGAUGCGCUUACCCCUAAGAGGCACUUCUUCAAGACGGAUCGAGCUUCUAGCUAUGGCGCACAGAAGUGGAAGCAAGUGAAAAGCACACUGAAGCUCCUCCGACAGAAGAAGGAGGACCGUUUCGAGUACUACAAGUCUGCAGAGCUGAUGGCUGAGCUGAGAGCCGGUGCUCCCGCUGUUCUUAUGCUUGCCAGUAUGAUUCAGCGGGACGAGCACGGCAACAAAAGGAUACCGGUCCUGCUGGAACAGCUGAAGCUGAAGAUCAAGGACAGCAAGCCCAUGCCGGAUGAUGACAAAGAACGCCACUGGAUUUUCACAAUCGAGCUGGAGUACGGCAGUGGCCCAAGCCGGAUGAACUGGUGUGUGAUCAGAACCAUCAGGGAUAUCUAUAACCUGCACUUUCGGUACAAGUUCGCCCUGAACAACGAUAAAUACAUGCUUGGCAAGGACCUCGGUGGUCGCCCCAAACAGCCCAAAUUCCCUUACUCUGCGUUUCCUUACCUUCGUGGUGCUCGCAACAAGGGGGACGAAAGCGACGAAGAUGAGCAGGCUAGUGGUCGUGGUGAUGAGACGGGUGCUGAGAUGACGGCUGCAGAAGACGCGGGCGAAGGGCCUCAUAGUCACUCGAGAAAGAAGUCCCGAAGCAAUUUCCUCGGCAUGCGGCGACGAUCUACCGGCUUCACCGACGGAGGCGAGCUGUCUGUUGCCGAGGGCAACCAGGGCGUCGACACACAGACUCGCCGGCAGCGCUACGUAGAGAAGCAGAGGCGCAUUCUGGAGAAGUAUCUCUCGGAGAUGAUUCAUUGGUUAAUGUUCAGAGCCGAUAGCAACCGUCUCUGCAGAUUCCUCGAGCUGUCAGCCUUGGGCGUUCGUCUCGCUGCCGAGGGAAGCUACCAUGGGAAAGAGGGCUACCUUCACCUUCAGAUGUCCAAAGGCCUCGAUUUCCGCCAUGUCCUGACACCUGCCAAAGUCAUAUCCCGGCAGAGUCGCAAAUGGUUCCUCGUCAGGCAGAGCUACAUUGUGUGCGUGGAGUCGCCGGAGAACAUGAACAUCUACGAUGUCUACCUUGUCGACACCAAGUUUAGCAUUGUUUCUAAGAAAAAGGCGCUGAAGAGGUUCGGUUCCAAGAACAAGGACAAGAAUGCCGAAGACGACCUGAACAUGGAGCCAUCUCACGAAAAACACCACACUCUCAAAAUGCGCACGUCGGAUCGAAAAAUCCGACUCUUUUCUCGCUAUCAGUCGGUCAUGCGGCAGUUUGAAGACUCAAUCAAUGAAAUGCUGAAACAGACCGUCUGGUAUGAGAAGAAACGGUUCGACAGCUUUGCGCCGGUUCGGACCGGUGUGUUCGCACAAUGGCUGGUCGAUGGCCGUGACUACAUGUGGAAUGUGUCAAGAGCCAUCAACAUGGCUCGGGACGUCAUCUAUAUCCAUGACUGGUGGCUGAGUCCCGAGCUCUAUAUGCGCCGGCCUGCGUGCAUCAGCCAAAAAUGGCGUCUGGAUCGACUGCUCCAGAAGAAGGCAAGAGAAGGCGUCAAGGUCUUUGUGAUCAUCUACCGAAAUGUGGAAGCGGCUGUCCCCAUCGACUCCGAAUACACCAAGUUUUCGCUCCUCAACCUCCAUCCCAAUAUCUUUGUCCAACGAUCCCCCAAUCAGUUCAAGAAGAACCAGUUCUUCUUCGCCCACCACGAAAAGAUUUGCAUUGUCGACCACGACGUCGCAUUCCUCGGUGGUAUCGACCUCUGUUUUGGUCGGUGGGACAGCCCGCAGCACCCCAUUGUUGACGACAAACCGACGGGAUUCGAGCCGUCUGAGAUGCCCAAGGAUGCUGAGCACGUGCAGCUGUUCCCUGGAAAGGACUAUUCCAACCCGAGAGUUCAGGACUUCUUCAACCUCAACGAGCCGUAUGAGGAGAUGUACGACAGGGGUAAGGUUCCAAGGAUGCCUUGGCACGACAUUUCCAUGCAAGUUGUCGGACAGCCCGCUCGAGACUUGACUCGCCAUUUCGUACAGCGAUGGAACUACCUGCGCCGAGGUCGAAAGCCAACGAGGCCCUUGCCCUUCUUGUUGCCGCCCCCGGAUGCGAAAUUCGAAGACCUUGAGGCCCUUGGGUUGACGGGUACUUGUGAGGUGCAAAUGCUUCGGUCCGCGUCCAACUGGUCUCUAGGGAUCAAUGAAACCGAACACAGCAUCCAGACAGCUUACGUUCACCUAAUUGAGGAGUCGGACCACUUUGUCUAUAUGGAAAACCAGUUCUUCAUUACAAGCACCGAAGCUUAUGGAACCAGAAUUAUCAACCGCAUCGGAGACGCCCUGGUCGACCGCAUCAUUCGCGCUCAUCAGAACAAUGAAGACUGGCGGGCCGUCAUUCUCAUACCUCUCAUGCCGGGUUUCCAAAACACCGUGGACGAGCAGGAAGGAACCAGCGUCCGAUUGAUCAUCAUGUGCCAAUAUCGCAGCAUCUGCCGCGGAGAGCACUCAAUCUUUGGACGCCUUCGCGCCGCAGGCAUUGAGCCCGAAGACUACAUUAGCUUCUACUCCCUCCGUCAAUGGGGGAUGAUGGCGAAUGAUGUGCUGGUGACUGAGCAGCUCUACAUUCACGCGAAGACCAUCAUCGUAGACGACAGGGUUGCGCUCAUUGGUUCUGCCAACAUCAACGAGCGGUCCUUGCUCGGUAGCAGGGACUCGGAAGUUGCCGCCAUCGUCCGCGAUACCGAUAUGAUUUCGUCUACCAUGGCCGGCAAGCCGUACAAGGUGGGCAGGUUUGCCCAUACUCUUCGGAUGAGGUUGAUGCGAGAGCAUCUCGGCCUGGACGUGGAUGAAAUCCUGGAACAAGAGCGAGAGGAAGAAGAGAUGAACGAGUCUGCGUAUGAGCGGGACAUGGACGCUAUAUACGAAGAGGGUGCCGCUGCAGCCGACGACAACUCGAGCAUAAGCUCCAACGAGGCCAAGAGCCCGGUACUGCCUCCUAAUAACCUUCGUCUGCCUAGUUUCAACCACGACAUUGAUCUCGUGAAAUUGGAGACCACUUCAUCCUCGUCCGCGUCCUCUGUGAAGGGGAAAGAAGCCGAGACCGACCCGCGUGUCAUGAACGAGGGACACCAGCUGGAUGUGUCCGGGUACGGCCCGGAUCAUUGGAAGUCAGCGGAAGAGGCCGGUGUCGAUGAUCGCCUAGACACGGUUGUGGUUGACGGCCGCGAGAUGCUCUUGCACGGCGGCAAGGGGCUCGCGGAGUCUCAUCAACCGCGCCAGCACACGGCUCACCACGAGCCCAGCGAUAAGUCUGGUAUCCCGCCCGCACCUCUGCCCCCGGCUAGCCGGGAUGGAGCGGAUAGGGCUGAUCAGCUAGGAUUGAAUCCGGGUGCACCAGCGGUGCCCCUGCCUGUCCUUGACGACACUAACAUUGGUGGCCCUGCUGCUCAUGUUGAUCCCAAGACAGGCCGUCCGACAAACGAGCCAUUCCAUCCGAUGGCAGCGGAUAUUCAACCGGCGGUCAUUAACAAGGACUGCAUGCGCGAUCCACUGGACUCGACCUUCGUGGACGAAGUCUGGAACCGGGCUGCGCGCAACAACACACUGCUCUAUCGCAGAGUAUUCCGAUGCAUGCCCGACUCCAAGGUGGGCACUUGGGCCGAGUACCGUGAAUAUAUGGACUACAACGCGAAGUUCAAGGCGAUGAUGGAGGGAAAUUGCGCCGGCAACGAAAACGAACUCCGUCGUGAGGCGAGCCGGCAGCAAGGUGCCGCGGGUGACGAGGCAGUACCGAAGCAGGGCGACCAGCCGACGAUUCAGCUGCCUGAAGACGAGGAGGAGGAAGAGACCGAGAAACCAGCUUCGGGGAGUAGCAAUGGAGCGGAUCCGGUCCUCCGCCCUCCGCCUGUGGAUGGAUCAACGGAUAACCAGAGUUCACUAGAACCUCCGUCGCCCGUUUAUACUGCGGGAGAGGUGCCGUUCCCUGCACUGGAUUCGUCCCCUUCAAAGCCAGUCUCGCGAAGCAAGAGCAAGGAUCGUAGAGCGAACUUUUCGACGCUGGAAAAGCCGACGUCCAAGGACACCAAUGCCGCUCCUCCUCCGACGCCAUCUGGUAGCGCGCCAGUCAAGCGCCGUCGCCGAGCGACCACGAAGGGGAGCCGCCGCGGGCUCUUGAUCGAAGAGAUGCCUACGCGGAACGAGGCCGAACAGCUUCUGGGGCUGAUUCAAGGACAUCUAGUCGAGUUCCCUUACGACUGGCUGCUCACAGAAGAGCACAACGGGAACUGGGGCUACCAGGUGGAUGGCGUGGCGCCGAUUGCCAUUUAG